UGGUUCCAGCGGGGCGGGGCCGGCGCCUCUAAGCUGCCGUCACUUCCGGUUCUCUGUCAGUCGCGAGCGAGCGAGCGAGGAGGCUGUGGACUGCAGCAGCGGAACAAUGCCUAAAUCAAAGGAACUUGUUUCUUCAAGCUCUUCGGGCAGCGAUUCUGACAGUGAAGUUGACAAGAAGUUAAAGAGGAAAAAGCAAGUUGCCCCAGAAAAACCUGUUAAGAAGCAAAAGACUGGUGAAACUUCAAGAGCUUUGUCAUCUUCUAAGCAGAGCAGCAGCAGCAGAGAUGAUAACAUGUUUCAGAUUGGGAAAAUGAGGUAUGUCAGUGUUCGGGACUUUAAAGGGAAAGUUCUAAUUGAUAUUAGAGAAUAUUGGAUGGAUCCAGAAGGUGAAAUGAAACCAGGAAGAAAAGGUAUUUCUUUAAAUCCGGAGCAAUGGAGCCAGCUGAAGGAGCAGAUUUCCGACAUUGAUGAUGCAGUAAGAAAACUGUAGAAUCUGAGCCAUAAAAACCUGUACGGUUCUAGUUGUUUUACUCUGUCUUUUUACAUUGGCUUUUGUUUUUCUAAAUGUUGUUUUCCAAGCUGUUGUAUAUUUCGAUUGCAGAACAAUUUGUAAGAUGAAUACUUUUUUUUAAUGUGCGUUAUUAAAAAUGUUCUGAGUGAAGCUAAUUGUCAACUUCAUUAAGGAGGAUUGCUUUGUGCCUGCCCCCUAGUGUAAAAUAAAAUCAAGUAAUUCCAAUCAUUUAACUGUUGUGGCCUUUUUUGAUCAGAAGACUAGGUACUGUUUAAGGCCCAGAGUUACAGUUUUAUAGACCUAUUAGUUUUAACUCAGCUUUUACUUUAAAGAGGAUUUGUGUUGCAUUGAGUUUUUAAACUUUUGAUUCAUGAAAUCCAUACUUGAUGUCUUCCCUUCCAACCAGCUGUAUAAAUCUGACUUUUCCACCUCAACGUUUGACUUUCCUGUUUUUCCUUACUUCAUUUUCUCUGUAUAACAAACUCUUCAUGUUCAAUUUUCAUUUUACUCUAUAUUCUUUUCCUUAAAUAUAUUAUGCUAAUUUGGAAAGUUCAGUGAAACUGUCAAGAUGUUAUCUCAGUAAGGUUCUUACAGUUAAAUUAUAUAAGAACUAUAAUCAGUAACCAUGUAUUAAAUGUUAUUAGCAGGUAUAGUUUGAUAACAUUGAUAACAUGUCUUGUAUGAAAACUCUGAGCCAGUGUAUAUCAUUAUCCAUAGUGUUCUGUGUAGUUAUUGCUUAGUCUACAGGAAAUAAGGACUUAGAUGUCUGAUUAGCUUUCACUUAGUAAACAUUUUACCAUGGGAUGAUGUCUAUAAAAUCAGAUAUUGUUAAACUAGACUAGGAUUUAAUAAACAUUGUGAAAGCUUACCGGCCUAACAUUUUAUUUUAUAACAUUGAAUAUGGGUUAUAUGUAGCCAGAGAUACUACUGAGCUUUACUGUCAUAGUAGGUAAUGUGGUCAGUUUUUAGGGGUAAGAGUAUAAAUUUAGGUUUUUUGGCCUUUGCUUCAGUAGAGUUGGUUUUUUGCAACUAAUCUACUGGACAGUGGUUUUCUAGAUUUGAUAUUACUUAGUUUUAAAACACAUUAAGUGGUUUUCAUUUUUACCAUAAUGAUGAAACAGGUGGAUGGAGGCACAGAUUACAGGGGCUUUGCAGCAAUAAAUAGGGUGUGGUGUGCCUUAGGAAAAGAAUGUAAACUGAUACUGAACUGAAGGAGGGUGGCAUGUGGAGAGGAAAGAAUUUUCUUCAAACUAAAUGUUAUACAUAGGCUAUUUUGAGAUUUUGAUCACUGACAGGAUAUAAUUAGAGGUAGAGUAAAAAUAAGUUUAAAGACAUGUUAAAAAUUAUUAUUGACAAAUUAUGGUAGCAAAUCUCAAAUGAUUACUGCCAUUAAGGGCUGCCAUAUCAGAGAAUUUCACUAUUCUGUUACCAAGUUUGAUUCCUAUGUUUAAAACAGUUUGUAGUAGAACUGUCAAGAACUUAUCAAGCCACAUAUACUGGUAGUGACCUUUUUCUUUUUUCCUUUCCUGGUAGCUGUUUUGUUGUAUUUUAGCUUCUUUAGAUGAAUUUUAGUGUAUUUUGUAGUAACCUUAAUAGGUGCAAAUUAGCAAAAUAGGAAAUCUCUUUUCUGGUAGCUUGUCAUCAAAUUAUCAUUACUAUUGUUCAGAAUACUCUUAUGUGUUUUAGACAAAUCAUCAUCAUCAUUAUUUUUUUUUUGGUAACGGGGAUUGAUCUCAGGACCUUGCUCUUGCAAGGCAGGCACUGGAAUCACUGAGCUAAAUGCCCGGCCUGACAAAUCAUUAUUGAUAACACCCCCUUUAUUUGGGAACAUAUGUGUCCUGUUAAUUGGAUAUUUUUAUAAAGUAUUCCUUAUUUUUGGCACUCAGAAAGGGUUGUUAGAACAUGGAAUUUUGAUUUUGGUGUAGAUGAAGAGAAUGGAUAAAUAUCCUAGGUUUCUAUGAAUUUUGAGAUGUAUGCAUUUUGAAGUAAUUUGCCUAUGCAGAGAUGGUGCUGCAAUCUAUUACCUUGGCACUUACUAGCUGUUUAGCCUAGUGAACUCUUCAUAUAAGGAGUAUUUUCUGUAGCAGUUUGGUAAAUUGCUAAAUUUAUUUUAUGUUACUUGAUAUGAUAUACCAAAAUUUUUAAUCUUUGUUACUUAUUGAAAAAGACAAGGGGCCAGGGAUUUAGCUCUGGUUCUGCCGCCUGCCUCUUAAGUGCAGGGUGUCCCGAGUUUGAUCCCUGGUACACACACAAAAAAGAGAAGAACUGGGUUAAAAGAAAGGAAACCAACUUGGACUGAAAAGAAAGGAUAGAGUACAUUAAUUUCUUUCUUCUUUUUUUUUUGUGGUACUGGGGAUUGAACUCAGCACCUUGUGCUUGUGAGGCAGGUGCAGUGCCACUGAGCUAAAUCCCCAGCCCAACGGUUGGUUUUUUUUUUGUGGUACCAAGGAUAGAAAUCAGGACCUUUUGCUUGCACGGCAGGCGUGGUGCCACAGAGCUAAAUCCCUGGCCCUGUUAAUUUCUGUUUAGAUUUUACUCCUUAGAUUUCUCCCAGGAAGAAAUUUAAUUGAUGUCAGUACUCAGGUUUUGCCCUUUAAUAUACUUAAUAAGGCUUUCUAAUGGGAUUUUCCUGUCUUUAGAGUAUGAGCAGUGUUGGGCCAAUUUCCAGUAUUGGCAUUUUAUUUAAAGAACUACUGACAAAGACUUUUUAUAAUUUGAUUUUUCUUGUUUUCUUCUGUAUAUGCCUAAAAACUUCUGAAGAAUACUCCUACCUCAUUAUUAGCUAGUCAAGAUGCUGUGAUGAUCAAUCUAAUUUAUGUAAUAUGCAUGGAAACAAAGACUUGGGAGAAAAAAUGAAAGUACAUCCUGGCUUGUCUACUGAGGGGAAAAAAGAAAGAAUUGAAUAUGAAUUUUGGAAAUGUUCCUGACAGACAUGUUAACAGAGUAUUAUAAAAGUCCAAAAUUUAAAAAUACUGCUGACUAAUAUUUAGGUAUAUUUCCUGAAAUUCUUUGUGGUUCAUUUUUUUAUGGAAAUUAGAACAAUGAAACACUCAAAAGUUUUUUUUAAAAAAGGUGUUUUCCCACAUAAACUGUAGUGUAAACAUGCACAUAAUCACAAAUAUGUAAUUCUGUAAUUGUGGAAUGCUUGUAUGUUUUGUUUGGUACAUCUUCCAUGGAGAUGCCAAUGAAUAUAAUACUCCACCUGUGAAUAUUUUAAAUGUUGAAAUAAAAAUAAGAAAUGUG